UGCUAGGGGCUCAUUUACCAGGUUGGCUCGCGCCUCCGUGUGCGCGUGCGCACCACUGACCGCAGGCGGACGGGGCGGGGACAAUUGCGUCAUCGGGGCGCGCGCUGCGGCCGACGCUGUGGUUGCCGGAAGUUGAGUGGCGUAGGCGAGAAAUAAUGGCAGCAGCUACGGGGGAUCCUGGGCUCUCCAAAUUGCAGUUUGCUCCCUUUAGCAGUGCCUUGGAUGUUGGAUUCUGGCACGAGUUGACCCAGAGGAAACUGAAUGAAUAUCGGCUGGAUGAAGCUCCCAAGGACAUUAAGGGAUAUUACUACAAUGGUGAUUCUGCUGGGCUUCCAGCUCGCUUAACAUUGGAGUUCAGUGCUUUUGACAUGAGUGCUCCCACCCCAGCCCACUGCUGUCCGGCUAUUGGAACACUCUUUAACACCAACACACUCGAGGCUUUCAAGGCCGCAGAUAAGAAGCUACUUUUGGAACAAGCAGCAGACGAGAUUUGGGAAGCCGUAAAAUCGGGCGCUGCCCUCGAAAACCCUGUCCUCCUCAACAAGUUCCUCCUCUUGACAUUUGCAGAUCUAAAGAAGUACCACUUCUACUAUUGGUUUUGCUUCCCUGCUCUCUGCCUUCCAGAGAGUCUACCCCUCAUUCAGGGGCCAGUGGGCUUGGAUCAAAGGUUUUCACCAAAACAGAUUCAAGCCCUUGAGCGUGCAUAUGAUGAUCUUUGUCAAACAGAAGGAGUCCCAGCGCUACCUUACUUCUUAAUCAAGUAUGAUGAGAACGUGGUGCUGGUUUCCCUGCUUAAACACUACGGUGAUUUCUUCCAAGACCAAAGGACAAAGAUAACGAUUGGUGUAUAUGAUCCCUGUAACUUAGCCCAGCACCCUGGAUGGCCUUUGAGGAAUCUUUUGGUCCUAGCAGCCCACCGAUGGAGUAGCAGUUUCCAGUCUGUUGAAGUCCUCUGCUUCCGAGACCGCACCAUGCAGGGGGUGAGAGACAUCGCCCACAGCAUCGUCUUCGAAGUGAAGCUUCCAGAAAUGGCAUUUAGCCCAGAUUGUCCCAAAGCAGUCGGAUGGGAAAAAAACCAGAAAGGCGGCAUGGGACCGAGGAUGGUGAACCUCAGUGAAUGUAUGGACCCUAAAAGGUUAGCUGAGUCAUCAGUGGAUUUAAAUCUCAAAUUGAUGUGUUGGAGAUUGGUCCCUACUCUGGACUUAGACAAGGUUGUGUCUGUCAAGUGUCUGCUGCUUGGAGCCGGCACCUUGGGUUGUAAUGUCGCUAGGACACUGAUGGGUUGGGGUGUCAGACACAUCACAUUUGUGGACAAUGCCAACAUCUCCUACUCCAAUCCUGUGAGGCAGCCUCUCUAUGAAUUUGAAGAUUGCCUAGCAGGUGGUAAGCCCAAGGCCCUGGCUGCAGCAGAGCGGCUCCAGAAAAUAUUCCCUGGAGUGAAUGCCAGAGGGUUCAACAUGAGCAUCCCCAUGCCUGGACACCCAGUGAACUUUUCCAGCGUCACCUUGGAGCAGGCCCGCAAAGACGUGGAGCACCUGGAGCAGCUCAUCGAAAGCCAUGAUGUCGUGUUCCUGUUGAUGGACACCAGAGAGAGCCGCUGGCUCCCUGCCGUCAUUGCUGCGAGCAAAAGAAAGCUUGUCAUCAAUGCUGCCUUGGGGUUUGACACAUUUGUUGUCAUGAGACACGGCUUGAAGAAACCUAAGCAGCAAGGAGCUGGGGACUUGUGUCCUGGCCACCUUGUGGCACCUGCCGACCUCCUGGGCUCAUCGCUUUUUGCCAACAUACCCGGCUACAAACUUGGCUGCUAUUUCUGCAAUGAUGUGGUGGCCCCAGGAGAUUCAACCAGAGACCGGACCUUGGACCAGCAGUGCACUGUGAGUCGUCCAGGACUGGCCAUGAUUGCAGGAGCCUUGGCAGUGGAAUUGAUGGUUUCUGUUUUGCAGCAUCCAGACGGGGGCUACGCCAUUGCCAGCAGCAGUGAUGACCGCAUGAAUGAACCGCCAACCUCUCUCGGCCUUGUGCCUCACCAGAUCCGGGGAUUUCUGUCACGAUUUGAUAAUGUCCUUCCUGUCAGCCUGGCAUUUGACAAAUGUACAGCUUGUUCUUCCAAAGUUCUUGAUCAAUAUGAACGAGAAGGAUUUAAUUUCCUAGCGAAGGUGUUUAAUUCUUCACAUUCCUUCUUAGAAGACUUGACCGGUCUCACAUUGCUGCAUCAAGAGACCCAAGCUGCUGAGAUCUGGGACAUGAGCGACGACGAGACGGUCUGAUGCGGCCCACCCUCGUGUGGCUGGCUUCUCCCUGGCUGCCUGUGGAGGACUUCUCUGUUGCCUGAAUGCGACUGCCACCUCCAGGAUAGGUGACUCUGGGCCCUGCGCCCCUCCCAUUUUUCUGGUCCCCUCCUCUGCAUACCUUGAGGACCAGGGCCCCCUCUCCACUGCCCAGGAGCUUCUGGGGUUCUCCAUUUCUCCUGAUUCAUGAUCCCGCCAGUUCUGAGCUAAAUAAUAACCUUGGCUUUGGCAUUGCCACUGAUCUUGGACUUGGUUCCCUCCACGAGUUCUUUUUUCUUCUUCUUCUUCUUCUGGUCAAGUGUUUGAUAGUGAAAACUCCCAGGAUCCUUCGUACCUUGGCCCCGGCUGGGGCAGCAAUGAGGACAGGGAAGAAGUCAGCCCUACACACAGCCAAUGGGGAAAUGAGAAACCAGCUCCUUCCGGCAGCCACUGUGGGGGCAGCACCAGGGUCCCUGGGCCAUGAUGCAAACCCGAGAGGGGCCUAUGGGCACCAGCGAGGGCUGAUGUGCCCGUGAGGUCAGCCUGGUCUGCUGGAGAGGGAGGGCAGGAGAGCUGACCUCCAUGUGGAACAGAAGGGCCCACACUCGUCCCAGUGAACCCAGAACUCCACUAUGGACAGACGGCGACCCAGACGGCUCCUCCGCCGCUUGGCCUGUCCUCAUGUGUGGGCAGAGCAUCUGUCCGUCCCUGCUCAGGGGAGGAAAGAAGUUGCCACUGCCGCCUGGGCAGGUGCCCCUCCUGCCUCGGAGAGGAGGCCUCGGCACCCAAGUGAGGGGGACGCCUGCCCCACCCAGGGGUGCCCUCUACUGUCUCAGGCCCAGGACCCAGGCUAGAGUGGAGUCUGAGGCUGGCUCUUACAAGAGUGGGGAUUCUGCACGCCAGGUUGUCAGCGGUGUUCCGGCCCGUGUGGGAUCUGUUGGUGCAGGGCCAUUGAGCCCUCCCCGGGGCCCGCGGGUCACACACACAGCCUGUGGUUUAAGAGCACUUUAUUAUUGUUCUUAAGGCUACUUUUAAGUACAAAAAAAAAAGAUGGCCUGCCAAACCUUUUUUUUUUCUUCCAGGAAAACAGGCCACAGAGAAUGGUAUAUUACAGAUUUACAAACAUGGAGAGAACGGUCAGAACUCACUGCAACGGCGUGGCUCUGUGAAGAACUCACUGUGCUCCUCCCGAGGCCAGGGAGUGUGUCCUUUCCCAGUGAAAUGUUUGGUUUUCUGCUUCCCCACUUGCCGGUGCCCCUCCAGGGUACCGCCUAUCCCAGAUAGGCUAGCGCCCUGGGGCCGUUCCUCCCAAAGCAACGGCCUCGCUUGGGGACAGACUAGAUGGCUGUCCCAGGAGCCUGCUCUUCACAGAGCCCACCGGCAGUGGGGUUGUUUUCCUGUGAACGCUCAGUAGCCUGUAGCAAUAACAAACUAGUGGCUAUUAAGGCAGAUGCAGUGUUCUCAUAGAAUAACUGUGUUCCUGCACUUUUACAGACAAAUCUACGACAAAAAAAAAAAAAAAAAAGAUCAACUUUUUUUUCCAAACCAAAAAAAAAAAUGAUUACAAUAGGAAAGGGGAAAAUUAAAUAGCUACAUAUCAUUAACAAAUUAAUUGUUCUUCAAAAAAUACCUACAAAUUUCUCUGUACAUUCUUUACGCACAGCGUAAUGAUGGUCUUAAAGUUACCUAUAUAAAAAAAGUGUUCUCACUGAUUUCUUCCUACAGAAAAUAUAGGGGCCUGAACGCGAAAGCCUGGAAGCCCAGUAAGUGGGAGUGAAAUGUGUGCAGGGGCAAGAGGAGAAGGGCUUUUCUUUCGCCUUUUGAAAGACCUGCGGCCACCCUGUGACCACAGCAAGAGCCAAUCCGCUGACCUUUUUUUCCCAGUGACCAUUUUCAAAAUUAACCAGCUAACUUGUAUUUUUCUUACACUGAAAACCAGCCUGGAGGGCUCCCGCGAGUCCACGGUGCCUCACGGGGGGGGGGGGGGAGGCGGUCAUGCCUGUGUCACCAGGGCAAGUGUCUUCUUAAGCCCUCUGGUGGGUGAGGCUGGAAUGUCGCACGGUGGAGGGGUGGGGGGAUAGAAAUGUACGUUUAACACAAAAAAGAGGAGCAGCUGUUGAACAUCCACAGCUGUGUCCGUCAUGCUUUCUUCUUUGCCUAAUUUCUAGUUAGUAGCUAUUACUAUAGCAAACAAUAAUAAAUGCAGUAAUAACUGUAUAAAGUCAGAGGAAUGUAUACUGCCUUGGCCCCAGCGUACGAGGAAGCACACAAAAUACCAUAUCACAGAUUGUCAGUAAUCUGCUGUUCAGCCAAAAGGGUUGAAAGGGAACAGUUUCUGCAUGGAGGGAAGUUGGAAGACACAAAUCCCAACUCCCCUGGGCACUAGUAAUAAGCAGACAGGGAUGCAAAAAAUAAAUGUCAGCCGGCAGCAAAAACUCCAGCAUCCUGCACCGCGGCUGAUCAAUGACUCGACUGCCCGUCUCCAGGGCCGGGCGGCCCCGCGCUGCUCAGGAGUAGUGUGACGACCAAACACAAAUCUCAGAGUCCAACUGUACCAGCAGUACGUAUAUCUAGGACUGUAACUGACAAAAAUAAACUAAUUCUGAAAAGAAGCUAGUAAGUAUUAAGGUUCUUGUUUACUAUCUAUACAAUUAAUAGAAACCAGCUAUUUUUCUCCAUUAAAACAUGCAUCACGUUGAAAGCACUAUAGAAUCGUCCAACCUCAGCUCUAGUCUAACAAACUGCAGUGUUUAGGAAAGGUAAAAAUGCCCGUGAUUGGUAGAGUCUGCAGUCCAGUUGCGAGCACCUGAAAUCUAGAGAGAAAGACCUAUAACCUGUAUGAGACUUCCCCUUCCAAAGCUGUUUUGUCUAAAUUAAAACAAAACAAAAAAAAAACAACAAAAAAAACACAAA